AUGCGACAACGAUGGUCGACUCAGCGCCCGGGCAGCCUCGGCUCCCAUUCACGAUAUAAUGAUUCCGCGACUUGUCCACCUGACUUGUUCGCGACCGAUUCUGACUUCCUGGUCAAUGCGUUUAGUGUUUCGAUAAGGCGAAGGCAGCAUAACGCAAGCUUGACCCUAAGGGCGAAGGCCGCAUGCCGCAUGCUCUUCCAGCUCCUGAAACAUAAACAUAUGAGCGAUGAGAUGGAUGAAUUGGAAUACAGCAGCGAUGGAGGUCUCAAUUGUCAGAUGUGGCAUGUUCCACCAUGCCAGGCUAUAGAGGCGAUUGAACUUGCGAACCUGGCUUUGAAUGGGGCUUGA